CAACAGCUGAUCGCGCCAACAAGACGCAGCCGGAUCUGUGUGAAUGGUGAAAUAAAAAUUGGAGCCAAAAAUAAUAUUUUCCUCUUGUUCAAUUAUUGACCAAUUUCCCGCGACCCCCCGCCAUGACCGCCUGCGUUUAAUUCGAUUUCCCCAGAAGCAGCGACAGUUUUCAUCCAAAACCUCCAAGUUUUCCCGGUGACCAAGGCAACACAUGCAUUUCGUUCAACAUCCUGUCAUUAUCAACAACAACAACAACGUGGUGGACAUACUGCAUCCGGAAAAUAUAGAAUUCGAUGGGCCGCCAGCGGCGCGGAAGAUGAUAAUUGGCUCGUUCUCGAUGUUCGUGAUCUUCUCGUACCUGCAGCUGCUCUACAUCCUGGUGGCCAUCUAUCUGGCGCUGCACCACGCGCACCAUUAG